UUCGUCACUGUCGCUUUUUUCAAUGUCAUCAUUUAAUCAAAAUUUUCAAGUAUGAAAAAACCCGAAAAUGAAAAACCUAAAAAAGAAGUUUUUGUCACAUUAAUAUUAACAGAAUCGACAUCAAGUUUACUCAAUUUAAAUGCGCCUCAUUUAGAAAAUACCCAUCCUGAAAACUCAAAAAUAUGCGUAAUAACUGAAGCUGAUUAUGCGAUAUUGAAAGAGCAACAAAAAUUAAUAAAUGAAAGCUCUGUGAAUUCGUCUAAUAAUGACCUUGAAUUAGCAUCUAAUAUUGCUCUUUUUUCUACAAGUAACUGUUCAUCUAACAGUGAAAUGUACGAUAUUACAGAUGAUGAAGAUACUAAAUGCUCAUCUGAAACUAAACUGGAAGGACUGUUAAAAAAAACUAAAAUUGUGUGUCAUCCCUUAGUUACUGCUCGAAGCGUAGCUCAUUCCAGCAAAAUGGCAUUAGAGUGCAACGACUUAUAUGUAUCUCUUUUAGAUUCCGAAUCGCAGUUGUCUUCUGAAUUUAUUUGUCGUAUAUGCCACGGUGGAGAAAGUAUGGCCGAUCUUUUAACACCCUGUAGAUGUCGAGGAACUGUAGCUCUAGCGCAUUUGAGUUGCCUUGAGAGAUGGCUGAAAGAGUCUAAUCACAGUUCUUGUGAGUUGUGCAAACAUCAUUUUUCUAUAGUGAAAGAACCAAGAUAUAGCGUCCCUUGGUCAAUAUUGGUAUUUUUAAGACACCCAGGUUCUCAUCUGAGAGAAAUCUUGCUAGACUUGAUUGCAUUUGCCUUCUACACUCCAACGGCAGUGGCAUCGACUUAUAUUCUCAUGCUAACCUGCGAAUCGCUAAUUAAAAACAAUAUUGUAACGACCGGAUCGUUUCCUUCUCAUAUCAUAGCAUUUUCGGCUGUACUUGUUUCAUAUUCUCACAUAGGUAUGGCUACAAUAGAUUUCACUUAUACGUCCUGGCUCAUUAUGAAUAUUCAGAAGCAUGUAGAAGCGUGGAGGGAAUGGUAUGCGUUGAACUCCAGGCUUCGCGUGGUUUUGCCGAAAAUUAAAAUGAAACCGCACAAAAACCGAAGGAAAAAGUAAUGAAUAUAUAUAUAUAAGAAAAAAAAUAACAGAUUAAACAGUUGGUGUAACUAUCUUUUAAAUAAAAAAGCAAUAUC